UGGCCCCGAACCUAAUCUUUCAGGCAGCACAUACUUGUGGUUCCCUGGUGUUUACCCUAACUCCUUACUUUAAAAGGGUUUUGAUUAAAUAAAAUCUAUUGUAUCCUUCGUUAGGUAGUUUGGGGUUCUGGGCCUUUCCAGGCAGUACAUCUUCAACGUUGGCAGACAUAAAUCGCUACCUGUAAGACGAACUCAGGGCUACAAAACCACAGAGGGUAUGCCUGUGUAUGUUUACGGAGCAGAAGUUGACAGGCAGUUGUCAGGCCUUCUACCUGUAGUUAGCCGCACCAGUGACCACUAAAGACGACAGUGGGAAAUAAAUGCUGAGAAAUCUCUGGAGUCAGAGCUGGCACGUAUGAAUGGGCUGAUAUCUACAAAGAAUUGUUAGCUGGUAAUGCAUUGAGAAACAAUGGAGACGACAGGCAGUGCCACUGAAGGCGAUCCUCUGAAGGGUGGAGAGGACGGAGCAGAGACAGGAACAGCACCAUCAGCAACAGAGCUCAAGAAGAAGAGUUGUAAGGAAGUCAUCGGGUUGACUAAACUCACCCAUUGGCGAACCGGAUUCUUCUUCUUCUCCUUGUUCCUCUGCCUCACCAUAGUGUUCGCCUUCUCCUUCAUCAUCCCCUGUCCUGUCAGACCACAGUACCUCCUGACGUGGAACAGGACUUUCACUGAAGCAGCAACGUAUGACUUCUUAGCUAUAGAAGAUGCAAGCAAAGACAAGGUGAUGGAUGUCUUGUUCGUCCUGAAAGACACAGAAGGCAGUCCGAACAAUACGUGUGCUGCUGCAGGUCUGCCCUCGCCAUGUGUGUUUGUGAUAGCAGUGGACGGGACAGACGGAGAGACGCUGUGGGAGCGUCCGCUGGCUCCAGAAUUCCACUGGGCCCAGUGCGGACUGGACGAUGAAAGCGGCAGAAACUGGGACUGUCUGCUGUCCCAUUCUGACAACCUCACAGCUGUUGACAAAUUCACUGGUGAGGUCAGGUGGCAGCAGCCUCAGCUCCCUGGUCUGCGCAGCACCGUGCCUGUUCUGAGUGUCCCUGAUCUGGACGGGGACAUGGUCAGCGAUGUGGCUCUGGUAGCAUCUGACAACCCUCAGACUCAGCUGGUGUUCCUCUCAGGGAAGACGGGUGAACAGGUUGGUUCCUCUGUGGUUCUUGACUCCAAAAAGACAGCCAAUCAUCUUCUCCACCGCACGGCAGAAGGGUCUCACUAUGUACUACUGCAAAAAGACACUGGCUUGUAUGGACUGGCACUGUGGAGGAUUGCAGCUAAAGCUAAAGCAGGGAUGGAGAAGGGCCUUAAGAAGGACAAACACUGGGAGAAGACUGCCCAUGCAACAUCUGGAAUGGUGCCCAUCUUUGAAUCUGAUUCAUUGCAACAGGUACUGAGAACGGGAGAAACAGGUGACCCACCCAACCUGCUGCUGGUGACUGGAAACGAGGUGGCUUUAGUGGAUGGAAAAGGUCUGAAGACACUGUGGAGAUUCAACACCAGCUCAGUCCUCAGCGAGCCCUCCUUCGGCCACUUUAACAAAGACGAGGUCCUCGAUGUUGUUGUUGAGGAAGACAUUGGAAACUUCACAAAGAGGGUGAUGAUUCUGGAUGGGAAGUCCGGCGGUGUGCUGUGGGAGGUCGACCUGUUGGCCAGUCCUAACUCACCGAGGCCUGGCGCUAUACACACCACCAACUCCUUCUCCAUCUUCGUGUUUUGGGGCAUGAUGCCCUCAGAGGCCAACUCAUCUGAACCGUUAGAUAGCGACCGACGAUCCUACUUGCUCCACCCGCUCUAUUCCAAAGUCCUCCUUCAGUCGACCAGUUUCCUGGAGCACAUCAUAAUGUUUAAAGCCACUCUGUUGGAGGGUGGACGCCACGCCGCCUACAUCGUGCUGACGGGUCCCAAGGAGUCCGAAGGCACCGUGGUCCUCAGCAAGCGAAAGAUGAAGCAGGACGUUCCCGACAGCAAAGUUCUCCACAUCGGCACCGGAGGAAGCUCAGAGACCAACGACGCCAUCAAAGAGGCCUUCAAUCGACUCCGCUUCAGCGAUUGGUGAAGGGACCAACUUUAAAACGUCGAGUUUAUUCUCAGUGUCAAAAAAACUUUUAACUUUAGGGUGGCUUGAAAAACCAAAGUGUGUACACUAGCUAUGACGUUACAACUGCUGACAACCAAACAAAUCCUUUGAGUUCAGAGGCUUUAUCUGCGAGAUUAUAUUUUAAGACUUGAUGGCAUAUCAUAAGUUUGAUUUUAGAUACAUAGCUGCUGAACCCUGAAUAUCACACUGCUCUUCUCCUGCUGAGAAAUCAAUCACCAGUAUUUUAGCACUUUCAUGCAUCGAUGCAAUGCUCUCUUUUAAUUUCAGAGGCUGGAUUCUUAUUUUUUAUCUAUGCAACCAUUUAUAUCACACUGGGCUUUAUACUGUAAGUAGGUGGUUCAAAUACAGGUGGAGUAUUUCUAAUGAUAGUUUGCUUAAAAACAGGGCUUUUCUUUUAGUGCCUUUUCCAAACCCUUUAUAGAGAAACUUGAAACACUACAGUAACCUUAAAUUAUUCACAAUUGGGUUAUUUUUUGUUUUCACAAGAUUUGUGGACACUUCCUACUAAAUCCAAGAUGCUGUAACCGGUAAUGCUCUUUAGCGCACAUGGACUACACUUGUGAGACACUCAAGGCUGAGUCUAAAAUGUUCACUGUAAUAAUGAGUUACUGCUGUGGGUUUUUGGUUUCUUUAAAGCUGUUGUUGUGUGCCUCUCUCAGAUUUAUAUUGGUAAAAAAAAGAGUGAAACAAAAAUGUGUUGAUACUUUGUUGGCUUUUCUUUCUGUCUUGAUAUGUUUGAAUUUGAACAAUAUUAUUAAAGACUUUUAAAUGAA